UCCUACAUUGGGAGCUCUGUUUUGACGAUACCUUAUUUUUACAGUGAAGUGAAGUUCGUUUUGCAUCGUCUUCCCCGAUCUAAAACCCUAGUAUAACCGUCGCCGACCGAUCAGUAUUUCUCUCCAAUGGCGUCGCCAGAUAAGCGAUGCCUCUACGAGGUUCUCGGCGUGAGCCGAGACUGCAGCCCCGACGAAAUCCGCUCCGCUUACAAGAAACUAGCUUUGCAGCGCCACCCGGACAAGCUGGUCCAAUCCGGCGUCCCUGAAUCCGAAGCCACCGCCGCAUUCCAGGAGCUCGUAAAUGCUUACGAAGUCCUCUCCGACCCGCGCGAGCGCUCCUGGUACGACUCCAAUCGCUCCAAGAUCCUAUUCUCGAGUUCAACUUCCGGCCCCAACAGCUCUUCCAAGUUUGGCUCUGUCCCCAACCUCUUCUCCUUCUUCUCCAAUUCUGUCUACUCCGGUUUUUCAGACACCGGCAAGGGAUUCUACAAAGUUUACGCUGACGUAUUUGAUAAAGUUUAUCAUAAUGAAGUGAAUUUUGCGAAGACGUUGGGUCUAAACCCUCCCAAGGAAGCUCCGCUCAUGGGAAAUUCGAAUUGUCCUUAUGCUCAGGUGACAGCUUUCUAUAAUUAUUGGUUGGGAUUUACGACGGUGAUGGAUUUCUGCUGGGUUGAUCAGUACGAUGCGAUGGCAGGAAUAAAUAGAAAGUCGAGGAGAGUCAUGGAGGAUGAGAAUAAAAAGUUGAGGAAAAAGGCACGGAGGGAGUACAAUGAGACAGUUAGAGGAUUGGCAGAGUUUGUGAAGAAGAGAGACAAGAGGGUAAUUGACAUGCAGGUGAAGAGGAGCGAGGAGAUGGAGAGGAAGAGAGAGGAAGAGCAAGCUAGGAAGAAGGAGUUAGAGAGGCUUAAGAAAGAGAGGGCAAAGAAGUACGAGGAACCUGACUGGACUCAGGUUGAGGAUGUGGAGGAUGAAGCUGUGGAAACAUGGGAAGAGGAUGAUGGGAAAGAGGAAGGAAAUGAGCUAUACUGCAUAGCGUGCGGGAAGAAAUUCAAGAGUGAGAAGCAAUGGAAAAAUCAUGAGCAGUCUAAGAAGCAUAAGGAGAAAGUUGCAGCAUUAAGAGAGGCUUUCAGUGGUGAGGACAAAGAAUUUGAGGAAAUAGAUGUCAAUGGAAGGAAGGAGGAGGAGGAAGAGCCAAAGACAACACCUGAGGCUGAUGAAAGUGGUUAUUUUUCAGCAACAGAUGAUGCUAUUGACGAGUUGGGGGAGCAAUUUGAGGGUAGUUUUGGAAUUCUAGGGAAGAGUGGUGAUGAUGAUGAUGAUGAAGAAUUUGAAACUGCUGGGAAAGCUGGAAAUACUAGUGAUGGUCAGGAUUCAAAGGGAGCUGCAGCUGAAUCAGGGUCGGAUGAUGAUGAAGCAAGUAUUCUUGAAGCUAUGGUGUCUGGCCAUAGAAGUAGGAAAAAUGCGGUUUCCAAUCGCCACUCUGAGAUUGAAAGUGAUGACAAUGAGAUGGACUUCAUGGAAUAUAAUAAUCUGAAGAGUAAUGGGAGGAAAAGGGGAUCCCGUAAGCAACGAGAUAGGAGAGCAGAAGAAGAAAUGAAACUUAACGAGGAUGAACCUAGUGGUCAGGCGGAGAAAAAUACUGGAUAUGAUGAGAACUUAGAUGUCCAAAGGUCACCCAAAGCAAAGACUGAUGGAGAUAGAAUCGCAGAAGAAGAAAUGAAACUUAAUGAGGAUGAACUUGGCCAGGCGGAGAAAAAUACUGGAUAUAUUGAGAACUUAGAUGUCCAAAGGUCACCCAAAGCAAAGACUGAUGGAAAAGAAGAUGAUUCAUCAGAAAUGAUUGAUAAGAUUCCAAGGCAUGUUAACAAGAGAGGUAACUCAAAGAAGGAUAAUAAUACCAAAUCAAAGAAUGCUUCCAAGGGAAGGAAGGAAAAGACAACCUCAAAAGUUUCUGGCAAUGCAUGUGAGAAAUGUGGGGAAGAAUUUGAAUCAAGGAAUAAAUUGCAUAAGCAUUUGGGAGAGACGGGACAUGCUGCGCUCAAGACAAGAUAAUACUUUAAUUGCUUGGUGGAUCAUCAAUUUAUUCAUCAGAGUUGAUGCCCCUAUGAUUCAUCAUUCUUGUAUUACAGUAGGCUAUUAAUUCUGGGAAAGAGUUAAUAAGGUUUUGUUUGUCACAGUGAUAGGGUUGAGUAAAACCCCCGGGUGUCCUCUUAACAACACUCCGCCAAUACCAUUUACACUGAUGCCUAUGGAGAGAAGCUUUGGCAUAGAAAAAAAUAUUUUCUUCUUUUGAUGUGUACUAAAUUAUUCAUUGCACAUAGAUAUGUUUUUACAUGUUUUAUUUUAAUUUUGACAAUUUUUUGUACUCGCACAAAAGUUAAUUCUACCAAAAUUUUGGAGUCUUGAA